AUGCUGGACGAUGUGUCGUGGAGAUCGGGACGGCAGCCCCAGCAUCACUUCUCACCUCUGAGCUCAUCUCUUACACACCAGGGCUGCUCUUCUCAUGCACAUGUGGCGUAUAUUCUUGUUCUAGUUGUCCUCAUCGGGGACUCGGGCGUCGGGAAGAGUAACCUGCUGUCCCGUUUCACAAGAAAUGAGUUCAACCUGGAGAGCAAGAGCACCAUAGGGGUGGAGUUUGCCACCCGCAGCAUCCAGGUGGACGGGAAGACGAUAAAGGCCCAGAUCUGGGACACAGCUGGACAGGAGCGCUACAGAGCCAUCACCUCAGCCUAUUAUCGGGGUGCGGUCGGGGCUCUUCUAGUCUACGACAUCGCCAAACACCUGACCUACGAGAACGUGGAGCGCUGGCUGAAGGAGCUGCGGGACCACGCCGACAACAACAUCGUCAUCAUGCUGGUCGGGAACAAGAGCGACCUCCGCCACCUCCGGGCGGUGCCCACCGACGAGGCCCGGGCCUUCGCUGAAAAGAACACUCUGUCGUUUAUUGAAACUUCAGCCUUGGACUCCACCAAUGUAGAGGAAGCAUUUAAGAACAUUCUCACAGAAAUCUAUCGCAUCGUGUCUCAGAGGCAGAUAUCAGACAGAUCCGCACACGACGACUCUCCGGGCAACAACGUGGUGGACAUCAGCGUGCCCCCCACCAUGGACGGGCAGAGAGGCAACAAACUGCCUUGCUGCCAGAGCCUGUGA